AUGACUGAUGGUAUUAACGAACCGUUAGCAGAAAUUGAAUUAUUCUUUUCAAAACCUAAUUAUUUUGAAAUUUAUUGUUUGUGUAGCCGGGCAUUUAUAAGGAAAAAUUUUGCAGAAAAUGAACAUAUAGAGGAAGAAAAUAUUUCAAAUUUUACAGAACAUGAUCAAGAAACUUCCAGUGACAAUCAUUAUUCUGAAUGUUUUGAAAAUCAAGUUGUGAAAUAUGAACAAAAAUCUGAAGAUUCUGAUUUAGACAGUGAUACAAUAAAUCAAUUUAAACAUACUGACACAAAAAAAAAUUAUUCUUUAAUAAAUGAAAAACUUUUACUAUCUUCACAAUAUUAUAAUUCUAUAUCUUAUUGCUUACAAAGAUUAGAAGAAAAUUUUUUUAUUCAAGAUAAGAUUGAAAAUAAUCUUUUUCCUGAAACAGAAAGAAAAAGUUUUCAAUUAAGGGAAGAAGAUAAUGUUUUAGAAAAGGAAAACAGUUUAGGGAAUGGAAAGAGUAUUGAAGAGUGUGAAGACUCAAUAAAUGAUUUUCAAACAAAUGACCAUUUAGGUACAUCAUUUAAAGAAUUGGAAACUCUGAAACGAGCUAUGUCACUGAUUAAUAUACCUUUUGAAGAAAAAUCAAAUGCAAUCAAAGGUGGAAGAGUUACUUUUAGAAAGAAAAAUAUUCGUAAACAAAAUAGUAAACUAAAAUUACUAUAUUCAAAACCACGACUUCAUUUAUUUUUUGAUGACGAUGGGAAUGCAAUCGAAUCUACAAAAUACACAAACAAUAUUACAGACACUGCUAAUUCCAGUGAACUAAAUUUCUCAGAGAAUGAAUGUAGAAUUGAUACCCCAAAGGAAGACGGUGAUGAAUUUGUAAUGAAAUUAGAAGUUGAUGAGAAUAAAAUUACAGAAAAAGAAAGUUUUGAUGACAAUGAAGCAUGUGAAAAUAUACUAGAUUCAGACUUGGUUAAAUGUACGAAAGGGCAAAAAAAGAAAAGAAAAAAAAAAUCAAUUAAUUAUCCCAAUGAAAUAAGUAGUAAUAAAAAAUUGCUGAAAUAUUGGAGAAAAAGAUAUCAAUUAUUUUCAAAAUUUGAUGAAGGGAUUGAACUGGAUGCAGAGAGUUGGUUUUCUGUUACACCUGAGAAAUUGGCUGAACACCAUGCAGAAAGAUGUCGAUGUGAUAUUGUUAUCGAUGCUUUUUGUGGUGUUGGGGGAAAUUCAAUUCAAUUUGCUUUCACAUGUGAAAGAGUUAUUGCGAUUGAUAUAGAUCCCAAUAAAAUAAAAUUAGCCAAACAUAAUGCAAGGAUUUAUGGGGUUGAAGACAGAAUUGAAUUUAUAAUUGGAGAUUUUAAACAAUUGGCUUCAAGUAUGUGGGGGGAUGUUGUUUUUCUUAGUCCUCCUUGGGGAGGGCCUGAAUAUAAAACUUUGGAUGUUUACGAUUUAGGAUUAAUAUUGCCUCCUCUAGGAGGUGUCGGUUUAUUUAAUUUAGCAUCUAAAAUAACGGAUCACAUUGCAUAUUUUUUGCCAAAAAAUACAAAUUCAGUUGAUAUAGCAUUACUUUCUGGACCAGAGGGUUCUGUUGAAAUUGAGCAAAAUAUUGUACACCGUAAUUUAACAGCAAUCACUGCUUAUUUUGGUGAAUUAAUUAUGAAUGUUGAUGAUUCAUAA